CAGUGCAUGUGUCUGAGUCACCAGUCUUGCACCUAUCACAAGUUCCCCUGCGUGAUGAUGGCAGUGUGAGUAGUGGAGCGCUAUGCUUUGUUUAGAUGCAUUUGUACUGAAAUAGAUAUUCGAGACGCAGCAGCAGCAGCAGCAGCGGUGUGUGGUUGAAAAGGUUUGAUCUCAGAGCCCAGUGUGCACAAGGCUGAAGUUUCUACAGAGCCCCAGGCUUCACACACAUUCUGACUCGAGUCUCCCUGUGAGGAUGGCCUCCGAGGAGCAGCUGAACGGGGGCAGCCAGUCUGACAGCCGGCUCCAGAGCAGGAAACCGCCCAGCCUCGUCAUCAACAUCCCCCCGCCAGAGGAGGACAAGGGGGGCAGCAGCAGCAAGCUGCUCCGACCGUCUCUGAAGAAGAGUGCAAGCCGUCGUGCGUCAAGCGAGGGGCAGUCUGACAGCAACGCCCAGGAGAGACGCGGUGCGUUCCAGAGACAGAGCUCCCUCACACAGAGCAUCCGCAGGGGCACUGCGCAGUGGUUCGGAGUGGGCAGCGACAGCGAGAGCAAGCAGCAGGAAUGGCAGCGCAAGAGUGUGCGCCACUGCAGCCAGCGAUAUGGGAAACUCAAAGCACAGUACAGGGACCUGGAGCUGCCCAGCCAGGAUGGGCAAGAGUCCCCCGCACCCUGCAAGCUGCCAAAGAUUGUUGACCCUCUGGCCCGUGGGCGUGCGUUCCGGUACCCUGAUGAAACGGAUCAGCCACGGACCCCCCACCACACCCAUCCCCACCCCCCUCAGACCCCGGGCGUGACGUCGCUCAGCUCCUUCACCAGCGUGCGCUCUGGUUACGCCCGCCUGCCGGCCAGGAAGAGAGAGUCCGUGGCACAGAUGAGCUUCCGCGCCGCCGCCUCCAUCUUCAAGGGGCGCCCCGUGCUGUCCAGCUCGCUGCCCAAGAGGAGUCUCCCUCGACGCAGCUUCGCUCGGCCAAGCUGGCCGGAGGAGGACGUCGUGGACACAGCGGACACCUUCGACUCCUCCUUUUUUAGUAAGAUGGACAUGCACGAGGAGCUGUGCUCGAUGGCAGACGAUGUGUUUGAAUCCCCCCCACUCUCAGCCAGCUACGCCCCCCAUCACCCAGCUCCCUUCGGAGGAGACAUGCAGCCGGAGGAGAGCAUGCAGCCCAGCCUUAAGGACGUGUCGAAAACCCCCGCUGUGGGAGGGUCCCCCCCUCGCAGGGGCCGGCGCAUUGCCUCACAGGUGAAGCACUUUGCCUUCGACAAGAAGAGGCGUCAGUACGGGCUGGGGGUAGUGGGGAAGUGGAUGAACCGCACCUACCGUCGCAGCCUGAGCAGCACCAUGCAGAAACAGCUGGACGACUUCAACAGCCACAGGCCCUACUUCACCUACUGGAUCACGUUAGUUCACAUCCUUGUCACUCUCCUGGCCAUCAGCACCUACGGCAUCGCCCCUGUGGGAUUCGCUCAGCACGUGUCGUCUGAUCUGGUCCUCCGAAACAAAGGAGUUUACGAAAGUGUGAAAUACAUACAACAAGAGAAUUUCUGGAUAGGACCCAGUUCAGACUCGCUGAUCCACCUGGGUGCUAAGUUCUCCCCGUGUAUCCGGCGUGAUGAGCAGAUCGCUGCUGUCAUCGAGAGGGCGAAGGAGAGGGAGAGGGGAUCAGGCUGCUGUGUCCAGAACGACAACUCGGGCUGCGUGCAGACCCUGCCUGACGAUUGCUCAGAGACUCUCGCUAGCUUUGAGAAGUGGACUGAGAAGACUGGCCCCCCGAUGGAGGGUGCUGAUGGAGUGAGGUCAUCAGGAGCAGUGUGUCACCAGGACCCCCGGACCUGUGAAGAGCCUGCUUCGGCCGUGCCUCACAUCUGGCCGGACGACAUCACAAGGUGGCCGAUAUGCACCUAUCAGGGCAAGAACAACCACACAGGCCUGAAGCACUUGGACUGUGCUAUCAAGGGCAGACCCUGCUGCAUCGGGACCAAGGGAAGGUGUGACAUCACCACUCGUGAAUACUGCACCUUUAUGCAGGGAUACUUCCAUGAGGAGGCCACGCUCUGCUCACAGGUGCACUGUCUGGACAAGGUGUGUGGUCUGCUGCCCUUUCUGAACCCAGACUUUCCAGACCAGUUCUACAGGCUGUGGCUCUCCUUGUUUCUGCAUGCUGGGGUUAUCCACUGCGCCGUGUCGGUGGUCUUCCAGAUGACGGUGCUGAGGGACCUGGAGAAGCUGGCGGGCUGGCUGCGCAUCUCCAUCAUCUACAUCCUGAGUGGCAUCACUGGGAACCUGGCCAGCGCCCUGUUUCUGCCAUACCGAGCCGAGGUGGGGCCGGCGGGCUCCCAGUUCGGCUUGCUCGCCUGCCUGUUUGUGGAGCUGAUCCAGGGCUGGCAGAUCCUGGAGAAGCCGUGGAAGGCGUUUUGCAAGCUGCUGGGCGUGGUUCUCUUCCUGUUCCUGUGCGGGCUGCUGCCCUGGAUCGACAACAUCGCGCACAUCUUCGGCUUCCUGAGCGGGCUGCUGCUGUCCUUCGCCUUCCUGCCCUACAUCACCUUCGGCACCUCGGACAAAUACCGCAAGCGCGCACUCAUCCUCCUCUCCCUGCUUGCCUUCCUGGGGCUCUUCUCCUCGCUCAUCGUCUGGUUCUACAUCCACCCCAUCCACUGGCACUGGCUGGAACACCUCACCUGCCUGCCCUUCACCAGCAAGUUCUGUGAGAAGUAUGACAUCGACCACGUACUCCACUAGCCUCCCUCCAGCUGUGCAGUUCAGGGGGGCUGCCCGAGGAAGGAAGGAACUUCUGUGUUGAAGUGUGGAGUGUGUCUGGAAGUUGCUCUCUCACACAACCUGGGCUGAGCUGCUCACUACACACUUUUAUACAUGAAAUAAAACUGCUUUGAGGGUCCAGAGGAGCGAGGAGACGUUUCCGUGGGGACAGUAGGCAGGGCUAGCCCCUGGGAGCUGGCUUGCAUGUCACCAGUGAACAUGCACUUCUAGGAUUAUGGGUCUUUUUGACUUUCUUAAAAGUAGGAUUUGUGAGCUUCUGAGAAUUUGGUACGGAUUUGAAAAGAGGUGCAUUUCCUACGAUGGCAUUGAGUUACGACCAAGUCUAAGAAUAAAGGGCUGUGUGUGUAAUACACAGGGUAUACUAGCUGUGUUCUGCUACUCGGUGUGUGGUGUUGAUUAAUCAGUACUGAUGAAGACCUUAUAUAUAUAUAGGGACUAUUUGGAUAGCUGUAUUGUCAGUAACAGUAAUUGUAGAAUUGUUUUAAACCAAUUCUUCCCGGCAGGUUAUCUGGUACGAGAAGUUUCUCAAACUUUUGAAAUCCUGCAUGGAAGUAGUUGUGGUGAGUGUGAUUAGGAUCACAGGGAAAGCCUGGCAUGGCUCGGAUGGCUGUGCAGCUGGAAGCCUUGUGUUUCCCUGCCUGGGUUAUGGAAUUCUCUCUCUUCCUUGAGUGGAUGUGAAGUGUGUGCCCUGGCUGGUCUCUCCGUGGCGCUGCCAUACAGGCUGUCAGGGGAGGUUAGGGAUUGGGGAACUCGUGAAACCAGUGUCUGUCACUGGCUUAAAGCUAUAAAAGGUGACUGAGAAAUGGAUUAAGCCUUAAUUGAGGGAGAUAGUAGGGCUUUGAUUAGUCAUUCCCUCCUCAUAGCUCCAUAUCAACCAAGGCACAUGCAGUACUGCACGGGGAGAUUAGGGUUCCAUUCAGUGAUCAGUGUUCUAGUUUGAGUCUUGUACAUUACCUGUUUUCUUACUGAGAAUCUGUGUGUUUUGUUUCCUCUUGUCCUCACAUUUCGUACUUGAAUUUAAUAACCUGCACUGUGAUAGCCUGUAUAAAUCCUACAAACUGCAUGUGUGAGCGAGCACGAAUAACUCUGUUAGUUACUCUACAUGAUCGUCGGACACGUUGAGUGUUGUUUUAUUUAACAAGAAAAAGAGUACUUUGUGAUGCAAAUGUGCAAAAAUCACUUGUUUGUUUGGUAAAUUGAAUUA